ACUCUUUCUUCUUUCUACCUCCUUCCUCCCAAACAACCCUCUAGCAUGCUUGAAUGUCCAGGGACAGGGAGAUAUUUGUUGAUGAGAUUGGGAAGAAGAUCAAGAGAGAGAUCAGCACAGUUGUUACUGGUCCAGCAGAUGCAUAUAAUUCUGAUCAAAUGGGUAGGAGACAUGUAGCCCUAAGUCCUCCUGGAAUCUUUAACACCAUCACACCUUGUGCUGCAUGUAAGCUUUUGAGAAGAAGAUGUGCAGAAGAGUGUCCUUUCUCUCCUUACUUCUCUCCUCAUGAACCCCACAAAUUUGCUGCCGUUCACAAAGUCUUUGGCGCUAGCAAUGUCUCCAAGAUGUUAAUGGAGGUGCCGGAGUGCCAGAGAGCUGAUGCAGCUAAUAGUCUGGUUUAUGAGGCUAACUUAAGACUAAGAGAUCCCGUAUAUGGCUGCAUGGGUGCAAUUUGUGCAUUACAGCAACAAAUUCAAGCUCUACAGGCCGAGCUUAAUGCAGUAAGAAAUGAGAUUCUGAAAUACAAGUAUGGAUCAGAUCAUCAAGCUACUAAUACCAAUAUGAUCAUCAAUCCAAAUUCUACUCAUCAUGCGGCUCUGAUUAAUCCUAAUUCUGUUGCAGCAAUAUCACAAAAUAACACUCUACCCAAUUUGAAUCCGCCUCGAUGCUCGCCGCCUCCUCCUCCACCGUUACCUCCGCCGCCUUCCAUAGUAAUUUCAUCAUCAUCGUCUACCACUACUGCUUCUUCUAUGUACAACCAGCAGCCUAGUAGCUCAGGAGGGUAUAGCUCUAUUUCAAGUGAUCAGAAUAAUGUUCCAUAUUUCGAUUGAUUUUUAAUUCUGCAUGAUAUAGAGAUCAGAGAGAAAGAGAGGGAAUUGAUUAUUCUACUGUUGUUGGGUUUAAAUUUAUUUAUUGUCAUGGGUAUGAAAGAAUUAUUGAUUGAGAUCAUGAAAUUUGUUGGACUAGGCCGAAGUUAUUACAUAUGAUGAUCACGAUGAA